AUGCACACAUCUAUCUACCUCAUUUUAAAUACUCUCCUGGCCUCCAACUUGGCCGGCCAAGCCUCCGCCAGUCCGUUUCAGCCGCAGGUUGACCAAAUCCGCGUCCCCGAACCCGUCAGUCCCAAUACACACUGGCCCAAUUUCAAUGACAUUAUCUCCCAAGUGACCCGGCCGACCGAAAAAGAGGAAACCCUGUCAGGCCCACUGGGUCUGCGCUAUGGCAGCUGCUACUACAUCGAGAACCGCCAGGGUGACACUCUAGGCUCGGACGGUGGCGGCUACAGCUACUACAAAUUCGGAAGCUCCAAGAGGAUCUUCCAGGUGUGGUAUUCCAGAGGUUUUCCCUGGAAAGAUGGAAGCGAGUAUCAAUCAGUACCGGACGGUGGGAAAUUCUACCUGUGGGAUCCGAAAGGAAGCAGCGUGACCAACGGCGGGAGCUGGAUUGCAACCAACCUCGGCGGCAACACUUAUCCUGGAUUUUACAGUUACUACUAUUACCUCCGCUUCAAGGGUCGUCGUGAUGAUAGCCAUGCAAUGGAGGCUAUGCCCCAGAGCGAAAACCAGAUGGAUCCGAUCAGGGUUCGGCACCCCGUUACGUUGGAAAUUGCUAAAGUCGAGCCUCCUAAUGGCAUUCCUAACUUUAAGGGAUUGACCAUUUAUAACGACUACCUCCAGAAUCGGAAUAACGAGGAUUCGGUUGAUGUCCGCUUCAUUGAGGUCUCCUGUCCAGUCGAUGGAAUUGAUGACUAG